CUCAUGAAUGUUUUGUGUCAUUACUGCCGCCUACUGAGCACAAUACCACAUUACACUUGUAUUUCAGUAUGUUUGGACUAAUGGACCGAUAGUCUACCACCAAACACCAAUCAUUCAUUCAUUCAUUUCUGAAAAACCACGAUAUAGCGAGGGACGACUGUAUACGUAUUUUUAGCUACACUGCUAGAUUUCGGAAUUUAUCAUUGAGCUAAUUGAGUUAUUAGGGGGAAACGAUAUCAUCAUAAUAGACUACGGUGUGAUUUACAUGAAUAGGAACCAACACGCUUGUCUUUUCUUCACUUUUGACUGAAAGCCUUUGAGCUCGGCCCUCAGCAGCUCCAAGGUGGGAAUUUGCGACUUCCCAAUCCCCUGUAAUGCGCCAUCAUCCACAAGUGUCAAAACCAGAGAAACCUGACGUAGAACUCUGCACUCGGUCUCCCGGCACUGGUGUGAUUCAGGGCGACGCCCAUCAGCAGAGGCUCUCCGAGGGAACUCAGCGGGACGUUCACCUGGAGAUAAGCUGUCUAUUAGUAAGCAAGCUCGCUUCUAUUACUGACCAAUCAAAGAGGGCCUACCUCGUCUCUAAUCUCAGCACACACAGAUAAGAACAGCUCAGACACAACAGCUUCCGGACGCUUUUGUAGCAGGUUGAUGGUGAUCUUCUCCUCACCCAGACUCUCACACACCAGCUGAGGAUGACCAGAAUGUCGUUUAGGCAACAUGAAUGAAUGAACCACGAGCACAAAAUGUUACCUUUGGUUCUGGGUGACCACCGGGAAUGUCCAGCUUCUCGCCCGCCUCCGCUACCUUCUGGCUGCGCCUGAUCAACACCACCUGUUUGUCGCCAGUGCACAUGAUGGCGCCCACGCCUAACGGUUGGGCCAGCAGGGCAUCGCUACUGCCGAAGUCCGCCUUACCACGUCCACGGAGCUCUGCCACCUGGGCGGACCAGUUGGUCCCCAGGUAGUCCUUGUAGGAGAGCCUUGGAAUGACUGAGUGCAACGUGAGAGCUCCGCGGCAGGUGACUGACUCAAAGGUGACGCCAAGUGGAAAGAGUGCAGCCUGAAUUUGGCGCCGUUGAAAAGCCACGGCUCCUUGCACACCCGUGCCGCCCACACCUCCUCGAUGUGACGUUCAAGAGCUGCGUCCGUCUGACGAUUAUACCUAGAGCUCCACCUGCACUUGUGACUGCCUCAGCCCCCGCCAGGUUGCACAGUGCAGCAGCAGAGACACUUCAGGGUCCAUCAUCUACUGUACGUCUUGAUGAAGGUGUUUGUAAAGACGAAAACAGAAAAUAACACAAGUCAGGGGGCGGGGAGGAGAGCAGUUGCUGACAUCACUAUUGUGCCCUUUUCAUGUAACUGUCUAAACAAGCGCUGCGGGCAUCUUAUCGCCAUGCAGUUGGAGGCGCAGCUUCGUCUCUGCCAGAGUUGCCUGUGGUGCUGGAAGAGUGGACUGCGUGUGUUCUCCCAGAGCGUUGCACAAAGAAAAGCUGCAAACUACUACGACCUGCUGGGAGUCAAAUGUGAUGCCACCUUGGAUGAAAUCAAAAAUGCAUUUUUUGACAAAUCUAAAAAGCUGCACCCAGACAGCGACCCGUCGAACCCGGCCCUGCACAGCCAGUUUGUGCAGCUGAACGAGGCCUACCGUGUGCUGAGCAAGGAGCCCAGCAGGAGGGAGUAUGACUUCAAAAUCAGACAUCCAUACGGAGGAGGAGGAGGCCAGGCCUUCCGAUCAGCAUCCAGUCACGGAAACAGCAGCACGGCGGCGCAGGACAACAUGCGUUACUGGGAGCAAGUGUAUCAGUCCCACACCCAGGAGAUGUCGGCAGAGGAGAGGGAGCAGCAGCGGAGGAGGAACUUCCGCCUCAUGGGCUACUGUCUGCUCACCAUGGCGCUCAGCGUCGGAGUGCACUUCAUCUUCUUCAGAAAGCUGGAAGAGGUCCACACUAACUACAUGGACGAAAAGGAUCGCGUCAUCGCAGAAAUAUACAAAGAGUCCAAAGAGAGGGCCAGGGUCAACGGCUUUAAGAAGCAGACAGAAAUCCUGCGACAGAAACACGCCGAGUUUGUGGAGAAAUACAAAAUGGGCAGCGGUGGAGAGAAGUAGGAGGCUUUGAAAGGUUGCCUCAUUUGAACGUGACGCAUACGUGGCACAUGCAUGUGCUGUCAUCCACCGCACUGGAGCAACGGGAAAAAAGGUUUUGCAAUGGUGCGCUUUGUGGCGCUCAAGCCGGCAUCAGUGACGGACAUUUCAUUUCACCGCCGACUAACGUGAGCGCGCAAGCUACAACCAUGACGUAAAAAGUCCAAGUCAAGGGAUACGAAAGUGGGAAUUGGAAGGAAGAAAAGUGGAAAUGAUGAGAUACAAACUGCGCGUCUUCACCGGAGCCUUGGUCACAUGGCUCUCGGCGUCUGGCAUCUCAUCAUUUCCACGUUUUAUCUCAGAGUUCUGACUUUGCUAUCUCAUGAUUAAGUAAUACAAUGACAGGAACGUCAGCAUUCAUUCAUUUUCUAUGCCGCUCGUCCUCACUUGGGUGGACUUUUUGUCUCGUAAUGAUGACUUGUAUCUCAUAAUUAGGACUCUUUAUUUCAUGGUUGACUUUUUGUUAUUAUUUGGACUUUUUAUGUCAGAACUAUGGCAUUUUACCACAUAAUUAUGAUGUUUUAUCUCGUAAUUAUGACUUUAUUUCAUGAUUGACUUUUCCUCAUAAUUAUGACAUUUUAUCUCAUAAUUAUGACAUUAUCUCAUAAUUUUGACGUUUUAUUUAAUGCUUGACUUUUUCUCAUAAUUUAGACCUGUUAUUUUAUAUUUAUGAGUUUAUAUCUCAGAAUUUUGACUUCAUAUUUCAUAAUUUGGACUUUUUGUGUCCUAAUUAUGACCGUUGGGAUAUUUUUUUCCUCUCUGUGGCGGACAGGGGCUUCCGUAUAUUAGCAUAUACUGUAAAUGAUAUUAUUUGUCAUCUUUUCCAUUGAUUCUUCUGAAUAGUGAUCAUCACCUCCCCGUCCUUCAUGCCCUUCUUUUGUACUGAAUAAUCCACCUUUCACAAGAAGAUUGUACUGCUUGUGUUCUUCCUUGUGACGCUACCAAUUUGAUCCCUUUGCGUUGUAUUGGAAUGACCCCCUCGCAUAAUGGCCCCUUUCUGUAUAGAUUAUGAAAUACUUGAGUGGCGUCAUGCAGAGGAAAGAUGCUUUAUUGAUUUUGGGAAUGGUGAUUGAGGUGCCUAAAGUGGCGUGUGAACCGCACUGAAAGUUCAUCAAAUGUUUUCUUCUUCUUCUUCUUCUUGUGUUGGCCCCGCGCUACCAGAUAACGUUUCCCCCUCCUCCAAACGCCCUCAUGUGCUCCGUCAUAACCCAAACACGCCACCAUGAAGGCGACUCCAAACACACACACACACACACACGAUUGAAUUGACCUUCACAGACAUUGAAGGUUGUCCAAUUACGUUCAGUGCCGCACAUUCCUCACAAGCUAUCAUGUGCAAAACCACUGAUGAAGAUCACAACAUCAGAUGCCAAUUACUGACUUGAUGCAUGGCAACACUUUUCAUUGGUGUUUUUAAUAUCCUAAUCUUAGUUAUUUAGCACACAAAAACAUCCACACAAGUGAUUGUACAUGUUUAUUGUAACGGGAAAGCUUGGAUUAUUUGAAUGCAGCCAAGGUUUGUCCACUUUGUCUUUGCUGACCUCACGCGGCCUCAAACGUAAUUACACCUUUCAUAUGUAAUCAUAAACAGGUGCCUCAAUUGUAGGCACGCUUUUUGUUUUAUUUGGACUCAUUUUUAAAUGAUUUAUGAUACGUUGUUGUUUAGAUUCAAAUGUAAUAUCCACACUAAAAAAAAGAUGUAGAAGUAAGCUCUUUUACCUGCAAUUCACAAUUUCUUUUUAACUUUAUGGUUAAUUGAGGUUCCUUUUCUUGGAUCUGCAUGUCAGUUUGAAGUGUUCAUACCGGUCAUUCCCGGCCUUUGUUGAGCCAAAGCACAUCAAUCUCACAACCACGACGGACUAUUUAUUAGGGCCGCAGUGGGGAAAAAAUAAUAAUAAUCUCAGAUUUUGAGAAUAAAAUUGUAAAUUUAGGAGAAAAAAAGUCCUAACAUUACGAGAAUAAAGUGGUAAUAUUAGGUGUCAGAGGGAAAACAGAGCCUGGCUCUUCAGGAAGGAAGGAAACUUGCCUCUUGCUUCAGGCUCGCUUUUAUUUGAAACAGCAGUUGAGCACAAACAGAUCAGCAUGUCUAGCUAGCACUUUCACUUCUCUAACGUUAGGAGUUUUUCAUUGUAAAUUUACGACAAUAAAGUCGAAAAAUUACAACUUUAUUCUCAUAAUAUUACACGUUUUUUAUCGUAAAUUUACGACACUUUAACAUUCGCAACAGGCAUUGCCUGAGACAGCUAUUCGAAGGCGGGACUUAUGUGGCCUUUGGCCUUGAGCAAAGGUAAUAUUACGACUUUUAAAGUUACAAUUUACGAGAAUAAAGUUGUAAAUUUAGAGAAGAAAGACAUAAUUUAAGAGUUGUAAAUUACGACUUUAUUCUCAUAAAUUACGACUCUUUUCUCGUAAAUUACGACUCAUAAUUUUAUGACUUUUUCUCGUAAAUUUACAACUUUAUUCUCAUAAAUUGCAACUUUGUUCUCGUAAAUUUACAACUUUAUUCACUUAAAACUUUUUUUCUUGUAAAUGUAUGACUUUAUUCACUUAAAUUACAACUUUAUCCUCGUACACUUAUGACUUGUUUCUUCGCAAAUGUACAACUUUUUCUUGUAAAUUACGACUCUUUCUUACAAAUUUAUGACUUCAUUCUUGUAAAUUGCGACUUUUUUCUCUGAAUUUACGACUUAAUUUUCAUAAAUGUACAACUUUAUUCAUGUAAAUUCACGACUUUAUUCUCUUAAAUUACGACUUUUUUUUCCUCGUAAAUGUACAACUUUUCUCGCAAAUUCCGACUCUUUUUCCCAUAAAUUAACGACUUUAAUUUCGUAAAUUGCGACUUUUUUCUCGUACAUUUACGACUUUAUUCAUGUCAAUUUACAACUUUAUUCUUGUAAAUAUACAACUUUAUUAUCGCAAAUUGUGACUAAAUUUACGACUUUAAUUUAUGAGAAAAAAGUCAUCAUUGAAGAGUCGUAAAUUCCAACUUUAUUCUCGUAAAUUUACGUCUUAUUCUUGAAAUCUCUGAUUUUUUUCCCCAUCCAUCUGUCCCAUUAUGGACAGAGGAAGGCGUCUAAUUCCAAACACUAAUUGACCAAUGCGGCCCUAAUCCUCUGUCGUACACGACACACCACCAAACAAAAUGUCACAAAAGGUUUCCACACGGGUUCCUUACGUGCGUUCAGUGGAACCUUGGUUAGCCUCAUGAAUUUGUUCCAGAAGGUCUGACUGGAACCGAAACGGACUUUGAGGGAAUCGAGUUUUCCCUUAAGAAAUAAUGUAAAUCCGUUCCAGAAAGACAAAAACGUUAACCCAAAUCACAUUUUUAUAGAUUUACAAUAAUAGUUGGCCAUGCAGAAACGAUGGACAAUGCCAAAUGCGUGUCAGUCCAUGUCAAUGACGAAUGAAAGGGAUAAACGAGCAUAUAAGGUUGCGUUUACGUUCAAAGAGGACGUGAUUGUUGACGUGAGCGUUCCCAAACACACACAUGUAGAUAUGCCAAGAAGUUCCGUAUGUUUCAAGAGGCUUUGUCAUAAAGGUGAAAAACCUCACUACUUUUUGGCUUUUCCCCCGUUUUGCUGCUCUUUUUUUUUUUCAAGUAAUAUUUUGACUUUAUUCCCAUAAUGAAUAUAACUUUUUUUCCAUAGUGUUAUAACUUCCCCCCACCUAUUUUUUCAAAAAUGACAACUUUAUUUUGUUUUGUUUGUUUUUCAUAAUAUGACUUUAAAAGAAACAUUUUUUCUUUAAUGUUUCUACGCUAUGCUACUAAAAUGACAUUUUUCCUCAUAUUACGCAUUUGUGCUUGUAAAAUUGCAACCUUUUUCUCAUUAGAGUACAACUUUUUUCUCAAUAUUUGGACUUUGCUCUCGUAAUUUUUUUUUUUUUUUAAUCAUUUCUGCUGGAUUUUUUUCCCAACUAUUUCAACUUC